AUGGUCAAGUACACAGAAGACAGAUUGUUAGAGCUCAAGGAAGAGACUUAUAUCCCACAGCCUCAGAUCCUUGAGGCCUUCAAUCAGAUGAUUGAGUCUGUUAAGGAACAUGCUGCUGCUGAGGCUGAAAAACACAAGGCUAUCAAGUGGAACAACGGAGACACCUACAUCGACGAACACGGCAACGAAAGACCAUACCACCACAUGAACAGAAGAAGAGCCUCCAGAACAGCCAACAAGCCUUCGCUUAGAAAGAAGUCCGUAGAAAAUGUAGACGAGGACGGCUGGGCUACUUUGAGUAAGCCAAAGAGAUCUUUUGGUGCCGACGAGGGUUUGGAAGAAAGAGCCAAAUUCAGAGAGUCGGUCAGAGAAGGCACUGUGGGCGGAUCAGGAACCGUCAAGGCUAAACCUAACAAUAAGAACUUGGGUUCUUCCAAGGCAGUAGAUCCUAGAGACGCUAUUGCUGACAAGCAUACCACUACUUUCAAUGCUUUUGAAGCUUUGGGCGAUGGAGACGAUGACGAUGACGACGAAUAGACGUUUGUACUACUAGUUGGUGUAUAAUAAUGUAACAUCCUUAUGGUGU